AUGAAAUUAACAGCAGGACGUCUCGAUGCAUUAACAGUGUUAACAACUGCUUUACCCCCGCGUGCCUGUCAGGAUCUGAGGACGCUCGCGGCUUACACACUUGCGCUCCUUAUUCUGGCCACGUUUGUUUCCUACGCCUGCAGUGCACCCCAGGGCAGUUUCCAGCGUCGGAACUGGACGCCCCAAGCGAUGCUUUAUCUUAAAGGCACACAAGGCCGCCGCUUUGUGUCCGAGGACAGGAACGAGGGGGAUGUGUUCGACACUCUUCAGCUAGAAACACGGAGUCAAAACACUGAGGAUCUGAGCAUGUCCAAGGCUGCUACUGUACUACUGCAGUUCCUGCAACAAGUCAAAGAUGAAGGGGAGGACAGAAGUUUGUUUUUUCAGGAUGCCCCUACCUGGAAGAGAGACUACUUCUGAAUAACCAUCCAUGUUAUAUAACUGAACUGUACAGAUUUUCUUUCUCUUUUUUUGGCUUUCAACUGUCCUGUUAAUUUUCAAUUUAUUAAACUUAUUUAAUCCUGUGUAAAAUGCACAUCAACAAGUACAGCACAGAUUUGGGACUGCUGUAAUUUAAGAGAAUG